AUUUAAUUCUGCUGGUUGUUUUCUCCUUUCGUUGGGCGGAAAGAUUAACAGUUUCCAUGUGGCUGUUGUUUCCGUCGGACCGUAGACACAGACGGACCAAACAAAUGAAAAAGUUCCCCGCCUGAAGUCAAAGCGGAAGAUUAAAUUCUGCUGCCCGGGGGAAAAAUGAAGUUUCGGGGGAAAAUCAUGGACAUCGCCUGUUUGAACCACUUCACCCGAGUCGUCACCACCAUCUCAAAGCUGACAAAGAUGUGCGUCCUGCGGCUGACGCCCGACAACCUGUUCUUCGUUCUGUCCGGUAAAGUGGCCAACGGCGGCGUCAGCAUGUGGUGUGAGCUGUCACAGGCCAACUUCUUUGAGGAGUACCAGAUGGAGGGCGUGUCCUCCGAGGACAACGAGAUCUGUCUGGAGGUGACUCCGGAGAAUCUGUCCAGAGCCCUGAAGACAGUCCAGAACGCCAAGGCGGUCAAAGUCAAACUGACCAAGAAGCACUGCCCCUGCCUCACCAUCGCCGCCGAGCUGCCCACCCUGUCCAGCGUCAGUCGAGUCGUCACUCACGACGUCCCCGUUGACGUCAUCCCCCGGAGACUGUGGCACGAGUUCAAAGAGCCGAGCAUGCCGGACUUUGAUGUCAGCAUCUACCUCCCUCCCCUGAAGACCAUGAAGAACAUCGUGGACAGGAUGAAGAACCUCUCCAACUUCCUGGUAGGAGGUUAAACAUGUUCAGAUCAAACACGGACUCACACAGAGAAGAUCUGCAGCUUUAUUUCUCUGGAUUUGGGUCAUUUC